AUGGGUCGCUUCUUAGAUCUCGCUCUCCUAGUCUUUGGCUUCCAGGCUGCAGGCAUCUUCGCCCAAGCAGACGUGGAAGUGGAAGAGGAGAUCGAAAAUCCCUCUCAGUCUCCCGCUCUUGCCGUCUCGGUCGAAGCAACUUUCCCUGAUGCGGAAAUCUUCGGCAUCAAGAUCACCAAUGGCAAACCCUACGAAUCGCGCCUCGCUUUUCUGAACGAAGAGCCCGAGCCUGUCACGGUUCAAUUCGUUGGUGGGAGUCUGUGGACCUUUGACGGCACGAAUCCUCGCAUUGUUCGAAACCUCACCACCGCUCAAUAUGCCGUUGAUAUUCCGCCGGGAGAAAAGCAGGUUCUGCCAUACCGUUUCCAGACGAACCUCCACCCACAAGAUCUAAGACUCAACUUGGCUGCCGUGAUUAGUUCGCAGAACGCGUUCUACACUCUGCAGGCAUUCAAUGGCACUGUGACUGUGGUCGAGCCGGACGCGAGCAUCUUCGAUCCACAACUUCUCUUCCUGUACUUCUUCCUCCUCGCCUGUGCCGUUGGCGUUGGUUACUUCUUCUACACCAUCUGGAUCGUCCCUUACUUUCCCAAGAAGCGCAAGGCCGUUAAGGGCGGCAAGAGGAGCGAAGUGACCAAGAAGGUUGACAGCGGAGUCACAUCGGAUUCGGAUGGCCCGGCUGUUGCGACUGGCAAGUCCUACAAUGAGGAAUGGAUCCCAAGCCACCAUAUCCAGCGGCCGGAGGCACGGAGGGUCAAAAGUGGUGGGAGACCAAAAAGCCGCGGGAAGGCGGAGUAA